AUGGAUUUUCAUUCAUUGAUGGGUCAAGCUUCAAAUAUGAUGUUGGGCAAACGAAAUGAUGAUAGUCUUUCAGAUCGACUUAAUUACCGUUAUUCUGUGUCAAUUUUGAUUGUAUUAGCAAUAAUUAACAUGAAUCGUCUUUAUACAGAUCAAAUCAAAUGUUGGGUGCCAGCAUUCUUUACGCCGAACUACGACGAAUAUGUACGAUCGGUNUUUGUUCAUUGA